AUGCGUUUCUUCAAGUACCUCGUUUUUGCUGCUCCCCUCGCCCUUGCCACUCCCGCCCCUAACCCGGUAGCUGCUCCCGACGGCGGCCUUCUCUCUCAACUGCCCGACAUGCUCAACGCAGUCAAGGAGCUCUUAAACCCAGACACUCUUGACAAUCUCCAAGUGAUCGUCAAAGGUGGUGCUGUUCUUCUGGGUGGAGACACCCCGAAGAACCUACAGAGAUUGGUUUCCAGUCAAAACAUUGACAAAUUACAGCAUGUCAUCGACAAUGCUGAAACUCUCCUGACUCCUAAGUUCGUAAAUGAGACGACUUCUCUCAUUGAUGAUGCUGCACCACUCGUCGAUAAUGUGUCGAAACUUCUGGGUGGACUUCUUGGAGCCUUGGUUUAG